GCGGUGGUGUGUGGAGCCCGGGUUGGCGGCGGGUGGCGGCGCCUGGAACCUGGAGCCGGAGCUGUCGUCCGCCCCCCCGCGCCCCCUUCCCGCGGCCCCGGCAUGGACUGACGAACGCCUCUUCUCUGCUCUCUUCCCUCCCCGCCCCCCUGCAGGAGGGAGGCGCCCCCGAGUCUCCCCUUCUGCCUGAGGGGCUGCGCGGGCCGGGCCGGGCCGCGCCGGGCCGGGCCGGGCGGGAGCUGAGCCUGCGGCGAGACCGGCUGAGGCGCGCAAGGGUAGAGGCGAGCGCUGCCCCGCGCUGUCGCCGCCGCCGCCGUCGUUCGCUGUCUCGCGGGGCCGAGAUGGCGGCGGAGCGGGGGGCCCGGCGGUGCCUCAGCGCCUCCAGCUUCUGGUUGAGCUGCCUGCUGCUGCUGCUCGCGCGAGCACCUGGAGCUGGAGCUAGAAGGCAGGGAGCAGCUGCGGAAAGCCCAGGUGCCAGUGUUCAAACAUUCACUCCAUUUUAUUUUCUGGUGGAGCCAGUGGAUACACUCUCAGUUCGAGGCUCUUCUGUUGUAUUAAACUGUUCAGCAUAUUCUGAACCUUCUCCAAAAAUUGAAUGGAAAAAAGAUGGAACUUUCUUAAACUUAGUAUCAGAUGAUCGACGCCAACUUCUCCCAGAUGGAUCUUUAUUUAUUAGCAGUGUCGUGCAUUCUAAACACAAUAAACCUGAUGAAGGUUACUAUCAGUGUGUGGCCACUGUUGAUAGUCUUGGGACUAUCGUUAGUAGAACAGCCAAGCUCACAGUAGCAGGUCUUCCAAGAUUUACCAGCCAGCCAGAACCUUCUUCUGUGUAUGUGGGGAACAGUGCAGUUCUAAAUUGUGAAGUUAAUGCAGACUUGGUUCCAUUUGUGAGGUGGGAACAAAACAGGCAGCCUCUGCUUCUGAAUGAUAGAAUUAUCAGGCUUCCAAGUGGGACACUGGUGAUCAGCAAUGUGACCGAAGGAGAUGGGGGACUGUAUCGCUGCAUAGUUGAAAGUGGUGGGCCACCAAAGUACAGUGAUGAAGCUGAACUGAAGGUUCUUCCAGAUCUAGAGGAAACACCAAACUUAGUGUUUUUGAAACAGCCUUCUUCCUUAGUCAGAAUCAUUGGUCAGAGUGCAGUGUUGCCAUGUGUUGCUUCAGGACUUCCUGCUCCAGCCAUUAGAUGGAUGAAAAAUGAGGAGGCGCUUGACACAGAAAGCUCUGAAAGAUUGGUCUUGCUGGCAGGUGGCAGCCUGGAGAUCAAUGAUAUCACUGAGGAUGAUUCUGGGACUUAUUUUUGUAUAGCUGAUAAUGGAAAUGAGACAAUUGAAACUCAAGCAGAGCUUACAGUGCAAGCCCAGCCUGAAUUCCUGAAACAACCUGCUAAUAUAUAUGCUCAUGAAUCCAUGGAUAUUAUAUUUGAAUGCGAAGUGACUGGAAAGCCAACUCCAACUGUGAAGUGGGUCAAAAAUGGGGAUAUGGUUAUCCCAAGUGAUUACUUUAAGAUUGUAAAGGAACACAAUCUUCAAGUUUUGGGUCUGGUGAAAUCAGAUGAAGGGUUCUAUCAGUGCAUUGCUGAGAAUGAUGUUGGAAAUGCGCAAGCUGGAGCCCAGCUGAUAAUACUUGAGCAUGCACCAGCCACAGCGGGACCACUGCCUUCAGCGCCUCGAGAUGUUGUGGCCUCCCUCGUCUCUACCCGCUUUAUCAAACUGACAUGGCGGACACCUGCAUCUGAUCCUCAUGGGGACAACCUCACCUACUCUGUGUUCUACACCAAGGAGGGCAUUGCUAGGGAGCGAGUUGAAAAUACCAGUCACCCAGGAGAGAUGCAGGUAACCAUUCAAAACCUAAUGCCAGCGACCGUGUACAUCUUCAGAGUUGUGGCUCAAAAUAAACAUGGCUCCGGAGAAAGUUCAGCUCCACUACGAGUUGAAACACAGCCUGAGGUUCAGCUCCCUGGCCCUGCACCUAAUAUCCGAGCUUAUCCAGCGUCACCUACUUCCAUCACUGUCACAUGGGAAACACCAGUGUCUGGCAAUGGGGAAAUCCAGAAUUACAAAUUGUACUACAUGGAAAAAGGAACUGACAUUGAGCAGGAUGUUGACGUUUCAAGUCAUUCCUACACCAUUAAUGGUUUGAAAAAAUACACAGAGUAUAGUUUCCGAGUAGUGGCCUACAAUAAACAUGGUCCUGGAGUCUCCACACAGGAUGUUGCUGUUCGCACAUUGUCAGAUGUUCCCAGUGCUGCUCCUCAGAAUCUGUCAUUAGAAGUGAGAAAUUCAAAGAGUAUAAUGAUUCAUUGGCAGCCACCUUCUCUAGCCACACAAAAUGGGCCAAUUACUGGUUACAAGAUUCGCUACCGAAAGGCCUCCCGCAAAAGUGAUGUCACUGAGACCUUGGUAACUGGGACACAGCUGUCUCAGCUGAUUGAAGGUCUUGAUCGGGGGACUGAAUAUAAUUUCCGCGUGGCCGCUCUAACAGUCAACGGUACAGGCCCAGCAACUGACUGGUUGUCUGCUGAAACUUUUGAAAGUGACUUAGACGAAACUCGUGUUCCUGAGGUGCCUAGUUCUCUUCACGUUCGCCCACUUGUCACUAGCAUCGUAGUAAGCUGGACUCCACCAGAGAAUCAGAACAUUGUGGUGAGAGGUUAUGCUAUUGGUUAUGGGAUUGGCAGUCCUCAUGCUCAGACCAUCAAAGUGGACUAUAAACAACGCUAUUACACCAUCGAAAAUCUAGAUCCAAGCUCUCACUAUGUGAUCACCCUGAAAGCGUUUAACAAUGUGGGUGAAGGCAUCCCGCUGUAUGAAAGUGCUGUGACCAGGCCGCACACAGUGCCAGAUCCCACUCCCAUGAUGCCACCAGUGGGAGUUCAGGCUUCCAUUCUGAGUCAUGACACCAUAAGGAUCACCUGGGCGGACAACUCCCUGCCCAAACAUCAGAAGAUUACGGACUCCCGGUACUACACAGUUCGAUGGAAAACCAACAUCCCAGCAAACACCAAGUACAAGAAUGCAAAUGCAACAACUCUAAGUUAUUUGGUUACUGGUUUAAAACCAAAUACACUCUAUGAAUUCUCUGUGAUGGUGACCAAAGGUCGAAGAUCAAGCACGUGGAGUAUGACAGCCCAUGGGACCACCUUUGAAUUGGUUCCUACUUCUCCACCUAAGGAUGUGACAGUUGUAAGUAAAGAGGGAAAACCAAGGACCAUAAUUGUGAAUUGGCAGCCUCCCUCUGAAGCCAAUGGCAAAAUUACAGGCUACAUCAUAUAUUACAGUACAGAUGUGAAUGCUGAGAUACAUGACUGGGUUAUUGAGCCCGUCGUGGGAAACAGACUGACUCACCAGAUUCAAGAGCUAACACUUGACACUCCAUAUUACUUCAAAAUCCAGGCCCGGAACUCAAAGGGCAUGGGGCCCAUGUCUGAAGCUGUGCAGUUCAGAACACCUAAAGCGGACUCCUCUGAUAAAAUGCCUAAUGACCAAGCCUCAGGAUCUGCAGGAAAAGGAAGUCGGAUGCCAGAUCUAGGACAUGACUACAAACCUCCAAUGAGUGGCAGCAACAGCCCUCAUGGAAGCCCCUCUCCUCUAGACAGCAAUAUGCUGCUGGUCAUCAUUGUUUCUGUUGGCGUUGUCACCAUUGUGGUGGUCGUGAUCAUCGCUGUCUUUUGUACCCGGCGUACCACCUCUCACCAGAAAAAGAAACGAGCUGCCUGCAAAUCAGUGAACGGCUCCCACAAGUAUAAAGGGAACUCCAAAGAUGUUAAACCUCCAGACCUCUGGAUCCAUCAUGAGAGACUGGAGCUGAAACCCAUUGACAAGUCUCCAGACCCAAACCCCAUCAUGACUGAUACGCCCAUUCCUCGAAACUCUCAAGACAUCACACCGGUGGACAAUUCCAUGGACAGCAAUAUCCAUCAAAGGCGGAACUCAUACAGAGGGCAUGAAUCAGAGGACAGCAUGUCUACACUGGCUGGAAGGAGGGGGAUGAGGCCAAAAAUGAUGAUGCCCUUUGACUCUCAGCCACCCCAGCCUGUGAUUAGUGCCCAUCCCAUCCAUUCCCUCGAUAACCCUCACCAUCAUUUCCACUCCAGCAGCCUCGCUUCUCCAGCUCGCAGCCAUCUCUACCACCCGGGCAGCCCAUGGCCCGUUGGCACAUCCAUGUCCCUUUCAGACAGGGCCAAUUCCACAGAAUCUGUUCGAAAUACCCCCAGCACUGACACCAUGCCAGCCUCCUCUUCUCAAACAUGCUGUACUGACCAUCAGGAUCCUGAAGGUGCUACCAGCUCCUCCUAUUUGGCUAGUUCACAAGAGGAAGACUCAGGCCAGAGUCUUCCCACAGCCCAUGUUCGCCCUUCUCACCCAUUGAAGAGCUUUGCGGUGCCAGCAAUCCCGCCCCCGGGACCCCCCAGCUAUGAUCCUGCGUUACCAAGCACACCGUUACUGUCCCAGCAAGCUCUGAACCAUCACAUUCACUCAGUGAAGACAGCAUCCAUCGGGACUUUAGGAAGGAGCCGGCCUCCUAUGCCAGUGGUUGUUCCCAGUGCCCCUGAUGUGCAGGAGACCACAAGGAUGCUGGAAGACUCCGAGAGUAGUUAUGAACCAGAUGAGCUGACCAAAGAGAUGGCCCACCUGGAAGGACUAAUGAAGGAUCUAAAUGCCAUCACAACAGCAUGACAGCCUUCACCAAGACACAGCUCCAAGCCUGAGUCUAGAAGUCUUGGAACUUAGCCUUGAAAGCAAGGAAUUGUACAGAUACGAGAGGACAGCACUUGAGAACACAUGAGCCAGCAAACCAGCCAGCACCUCUGUGUGGCGCUGGCUCCAGGCACAGCCACUGCCUUCUCCUGGUCAGCCUGGAAGAUGCCUGUGUUGAGGCAGCUUCCCUUUGCCUGCUGAUACCCUGCGGGACUGGGCACCAUGGGCCAAAAUUCUGAGUCCAAGAAAGAGGCGAGAAGUACAACCUGCGUUUCACUUUUUGGUCAGGCUGUGUCUUCGUGCUGCGACUGCAUCACCUUUAUGGAGUAUAGACAUUGGCGUUUAUGUACAAUUUUAUUUGUGUCCUAUUUUAUUUUACCUUAAAAAAAAAAAAAAAAAAAAAAAAAAAAACUUAUUAAAAACCAAGGAAGUCCGUGGUGUUCUCACAAGUGGUUGACAUUUGGCUGCUUGUUCCAGUUGCGUAUGGAAAGUCAUUGACAGUGUGGGUUGUUCCAGGGGUUGGCUUGUUUUUGGUUUUGUUUUUAUGUUUUAGUUCUGAGAUGUUGCAUCCUCUACCAGCUGUUAAUCCACCACAUUGAGGGGGAGGAAAUGUUGCAUUGCUGUUUGUAAGCUUUUUUAUUAUUUUUUUAUUAUAAUUAUUAAAGGCCUGACUUUCUCCUCUCA